UUCACCUUUCUGGUUGCAUUUUGUAGGAGAAUAAGACUUGAGAUGAUCGAUGUUUCAAGAACGCCGGAGUUCUACAAUUGUGGAAACAUGAAUUCAGUCUCGAUGGUCACAACCUCGGAUCAGGACCUGGGCUCUAUGGCAGGAGGAAGAAGCAGGCAAAGGUCUCACUCCUAUUACAGUGCGGAGGACUGUAAGAACUAUGGUGUGCAGAUGCAGACAGAGGAAACCUUUCUGAGACCACGAUCCAGGUCCUUUUACAGUUAUGAGACGUCAGAGCUACAUGCCAACUACGACACCGGAAACUUUGAAAGGUCUAGCCCACUGAAGCAGAGGGAUGGAGCUGGUGUUCGAGUCACCUUGAAGAAGUCCAAGUCUAAACCAAACAAGCAUUCACCAACAAGAGAACUUAAUGGCAGUAAAGGCAGCCUUAAGUCAGUGCCCAUGAUGACCAUCUCUGAGUCAGACAACUGGGAAAUUUGCUCCAGCUCUGGGAUGAAGUAUGGGCAGUUUGUGGACUGGGAGAAGAUUGACCCUGAAGCCGCAAAGAAAUACCAGCAGAUCCUAAAGAGUGAUCACCAGCAGCUGAAGACGAUGGGCCGAGAGGGAUUCUGGGCCAUGCCCCACACACUGAGGGCCAAAGCUUACUAUCACAUCAUCCACAGUAUCAAUUCCAGUAGGACCAUUACUCCCGACCGAGAUGUCCACUAUGAACUGUCCAAGAAGCUUUUUGGGGAACAGAAAAUUAGCACCCAUCCAGUCCCAGAGUACAUGGAAGCAGGAGAAAUACCCAGAUACUGUCUCAACAAAGCAGGCCUGAACUCUGUGAAAAAGAUUCUCCUUUGCCUUGGUCAGUCUUUCCCAGACAUGAACUUCUGCCCCAUCUUGCCCGAACUGGUCUCCCUCCUCCUUCACUUCAGCGAGGAUGAAGCUGAGUGUUUCCACAGUGUGUCCCGCCUCAUCUGCUACAAUGACCCGAACAAACGUUACAUCGACCAGACCUUCCUUACAUACCGUGCUUCCUGCAUGACCUUUGGAGACCUCGCUAACAGGUGUUGCCGAGGCAUCCGUAAACUGAUUGCCAGCUCUCACCAGAACCUCUUUGAGUUUUACUCUGAUUGGACCAUGUGGAUAUUCGCUGACCUUCCGUUCACAUACGCCAUUAGAGUGCUGGAUGUCUACUUACUGGAGGGCUACAAGGUCCUCUACAGGGUGGCACUGGCUUUGCUGAGCCUCUACAAAGUAUCCGUGUCAUCGCGAGUGGCAGACGUGGAGGACUUCAGAACAGAUAUGAAAAGGUUCAUUCAGAACAUAGCUCGCCACUGCACCGCUGAGAAGCUUCUGGAAAUGGCCUUCUUGAUUCCGAUGGCCACGCGGAGAGAGCUUAACCUCCUGUUCAAUGCCAAUAAGGACUCCCUUAUGCAGAAAGGUGUCAGCACACAUCAGAAGAGGCAGUUGGUUGAGACAGUAGACUUCAAUAACUUCACCUCCAGUGUCGUGACAGGGACCGAGAUGAGAGUCGUCUGGGCCUGGAUACCUGAGCGCUUUGCCCUUUUCAGCCCCAUUAGGCUGUUUAAUACAGCUGAACACAGAAGAAGUCUUGCUUCAUUCUAUUCACAUGUGGAGGGACACGAACCAGCAGUCUUGAUUAUCAAAACUGUGGAUGAAGAGGUCUUCGGUGCCUUCCUGUCAACAGAUGUGAUAGAAAGAAGAAAGCAUGACUCUGAGGGACUUACAUACUUUGGGACUGGGGAGUGUUUUGUUUUUAUGCUUCGUCCCAGCAUGGAGCGCUACCAGCAGGCUAUGGUCAACAUUAUGACCAGAAGAGCUUCCCCUCAGCAGGUUCAAAACAGCAGCAGCACCUCCUCUCAGGUAUCCAAUAAUGGCUGCUCGCCCACCACCACCACAGGCACAACAACUCUGACCUGUCCUGCUGGAACCCCCCAGGACCCCAGCUACCUGACGAUCCCCUUCACCGCCCCAUCAGAGGAACCCAUGACUGCCAAACUGCCAAAGAGGCCCAAAGAACAAGAAGCCUCUAUGUUUAUAGCAGGCAGUGACAGUCAGCUCCUAAUCGGUGGAGAUGGAGGCCACGCACUCUGCCUACAGGAAGACCUCGAGGGGGGAUACUCGGAGUCUUGUGACACAUUCAAGAGCAGCCCACUCUACAAGGGACGUUUCAAGAUCCAGGCGCUCGAAGUGUGGGGCAUCCAGAACUCUAUUUCCCUUUCUCACAGCAUUCCCUCCCAGCAAAGUAACAGGAGAGCAGCAGCCUUGUAACUUUGCAUCUUUUGGUAAACACUGAAGAGUGGGACAUGCCAGCAACAAGAGCAAGCAUGUAGUGCAACACAGUGUAUAGUGAUGAAUCCUAGAGAAACAUAAUGACAAAAGCGCUAUGGUUUAACCUCCUAUAAAGUAUAGUUAUUUUGCUGUUUAGGCAAUCUGUUGGGGGAAAAAGCAAUACUUUUGAAGAAUGUAGGCUAUAUUGCCUGCAUCUAGACAUAUAUAUAUAUAUAUAUGUAUAUCAUUUGUUUAUGUAUUUGAUACACAA